GACAUUUGAUUUAAGCUUUGAUUGGUUUAUACUCCCUUUAUUAUGUUAAAUGUAGAUCCAUUGGUAGAUUUCAUAUUAUGUAUAUGAAAUUUUAUGUUGAUCUGCUACUCUUUCUUGAGUCUUAUGAUACUGCCAUCUGGGUUGAGUUGGAAUGUGUUUUUGAGAUUGCCAUGUGUAUGGGGAAGUGAUAGUGUGCUAUGUGAUGUGGAACUUAAUCCUGGAGAAAGUGAUGGUGCAUGAAAGAGAACAAAGUUCCCAAUGAGUAGAUAUUGGAGCUAAAAGGGAAGAAAGUGAGGUAAAAGAUUUGACAGUGAUGAAAAGAAUGGAUAUGGUUGGGAGUAGUGACAAGCAGGAGACAAGAAGUAAUUGAAAGUGGAUCAAAGAGGUUUGAGAAGAACCAUUAACCAAAUAAUGAAGAUAAGGAGGUUGAUCAAGGUAAAAGUACAAGUUUCCAUGUAGGUAGAAUGAAGUUUGCCAAAAGUGUGGAGGCAAAGAACCAAGUAACGUAAUUGCCAUGUUCAUGUAUCUCUAUUUCAUGGUGUAUAAUUUUGCGCACUAGCACAAGAAUCCAGAACUGUUAUUUGAUUCAUAAAGGUCUAUAUCACUCUGAAGCAGGUUGUUCCAAGCUUUGCUGUUAAGGUGCAAUAAUGGUUGAGCUGAAAUAAUAGAAUGAUUUGUAUGGGGGAAGAGGUUCAAGAAAGAAGCAACAAUUGACCUACUUCCUUUAAAUUGCUAAAAAUAAACAUCUCCUACACUCAUCAACAAAUUCUAUACCUAAGGAUGUGAAAGUUUAGCCAAAAUGGCCUGAAGUAUAGCUCAAUUAUUCCAAGCAUACAUUUGGUUGA